AUGGAGAACCAGACGUCUCGCAGGGUAUCUGCGUCCCCAACACAAAAUUACCUGGUAGCAUACAAUGCCAUCUGCCUGGCACUGUGGUCCGUCAUAACCCUCCGAGCCGUUUUCCUCAUUCCUACUCUCUUCGCUCUCGGAAAGCCCCAAGGCCUUCACGACGCCCUCUUUCCUCUUCUCAAAUGGACUCAGACGAUAGCCCUCCUCGAAAUCCUCCAUGCUACAAUCGGCCUCGUGCGGGCCAGUCCCAUUACCACCGCCAUGCAAGUCGCGUCGCGCAUAUUGGUUGUCUGGGUUGUUCUGCAGAUGUUUCCGCAGAUUGUUGCGACGACCAACAGCUUUGGAAAAUCGGUGCCAGGAUCGACAACAGGGCCUAUUGCUUUUGCGGGGAUAUUGAUGGCUUGGGGAACGACAGAAGUCAUCCGAUACGGGUUUUUUGUAUGGAAGGCAGCCAUAAGUGAACGAGUUCCCGCAGGCCUUACGUGGCUCCGAUACAAUACCUUUUUUGUCCUGUACCCCAUUGGCAUCUCCAGCGAAUGUCUGCUCAUGUACCUGGCAUUGACCCCGGCAGCAAAACAAGGAAAGCAGGUCGACCUGCUGAUGAAGAUUGUUCUUCUUAUUUAUGUGCCAGGAAGCUAUAUUCUCUACACUCACAUGAUGGCUCAAAGGCGCAAAGUCUUGAAGGGUAAGGGAAAGUCUGCAUGA